UAUAUUUAUGCAUUUAACUUUAGGCUAUGUUUAUAAUAUAUUGGAUAUUUUCAUAUAGUAGUUAGCUAUAAUAAUAUAAACGACGCGAAAAACAAUUCUAUACUCUUGUCGUAUUAAAAAUGUAUUUUAAAUUGAUUUGCUUAAAGAAGGCUGGCCCUUUACGACCCAAAUGCUGCACAAAUCGGCACCCUGUUGCUUAUAUUUGUAGUUCUAAUGUGCGCUACGAGAACUCAACAAACCAGACCUAAAUCAUUUUGAAAACCCGUCAUUGACAAAAUUUUCAUUUUGGAUAUGAGCAAUAUUUUCAAAAAUCUAGAUGAAUGCAGCGCAAUAUUAUUUUGUACCACUUUGGCCCAAGUCCCUGGAAAGUACUAAAUUUCUUGCAGAUAAUGAGUCGCUGUCAGUCCUUCCAAUUGACAGGUGCUCUCAGUACUGGUUACUCACGCCGUCCGUCUGCGGAGAUUUUUUACAACGACCCGUUUAAAAUUCAAUCGUAUAACUUUCGUUACGCUGAUCGACCCGCAUAUCCAGUUCAGAACUAUCAACGGGCUCAGACGAGCCAAUCGAUCCAAUCAAAGCCACAUACUUUCGAGACAUAUUACCAAAAUCCAAAGUUUAAUGCCAAGAAUCAUGAAACAAGGGCAGCUGCAGCGACUCAUUCGAGUGCUUUUUCUGAGUAUCGACGUCGUAAUUUUCUUCACGAUUUCAAAUGUUUUCCAACGCAACCGAACAGAGUUCGCGACGUAGUGGAACCCAUUGUACCUUCUGGGCCUAAGUCUUCUGUGCGUACUCAGCCACUGCUGCGGUCCUGCUGCAAUCGAGACGAGUAUCAGACGGUCCUUCGAGGCCAAAGCGUCACCAGUUUAAAACAAACCUCCACCCAUACAAAUAGUGUCACCCACAGAGCUGGCGGAGGGGCAAUGGGUAGAAGUGCUUCCGUUUGCAGUGUUAGAGGCCCCGCAAAAAAUUCUUCUACAUCUACUUUUCAGCUGGCACCGAGGCGCAGCGCUAGCACUUGCAGUGGCUGUGCGAUCAACAUAAAUAUAAAUGGACUUGAUUCUGAGGCAGAGCUGACAAAGAGCCUAAAAAUUAAUAUUCAAACCGAUGCGUGUCUGCGUAACAAUACUGACAGUCCUACGAUCGCCCCUAACUUGCAAUCAGCGCCUCGCUGCUCGGGUAGUUUUAUCAUUGACAAGCGACUGUCCAAGUUCAGUCUGCCCGAAGCCUGGGUGCAAGGCAGUGGCCAGUACAAUGUGCCUAAGACUGAGCGACUCCAGCUGCAGUCAAAGGGAAAACGUGUGGUGCAGGAUAUCUCGUCUGUGAGAGUGUGUAAACAAAAAUGUGAGCGCUCAGCAGAGUUGGACACACAGCGGGAUCGUGAGAGACUCCAGCAACUAGAAUUGGAGCGUGCAGGACGCAGUGCUCUGGGGCUAGAGGAGAGGAGGAGAGAAUGCGAAUGGGGCCGUUGCCGCUCUGAUAAUGGACAGAAGCAUCUGCCAAUGCGUGCCAUUUCCAUGCCGACAUCAAUCUCUUCGGCCGUUGGUAUGACGCCACAAUUGCCGAGGCGAGCUUCGACGGAUCGUUUACCAGGAAUGGCCCCAUGCCUUCUAAAUCAUUCGAGAGCGCAGGCAGCUCGCGCUAAGCGACUGCAAAGCUGCACACGGAAUCUGACAACAUUUCAACGUUCGAAAACGACUUUAAAUUCGCAGACGGACCAAAGAGGUCCAUCGAGAAAAUUGGAACGGCGCAGCUCGGAUAGCUCUAAUAAUUACAAUGCCACCGUCGUCGGAAGUGGCAGCAACUGCAGCGUAGGAGGUUAUUCGGCGACUCAUCUGAACGAGCGCAAGUUACUUAAUUUGCACGUAAACGGCCUGCCCGUUAGCACUAACCAGCCCAUAUACGCACGAAUAAAUAAUAUGCCCAUUCGGAUAACGACAUCGAAGCCGGCAGACGAGGACUUGCAGUUCUUCAUGAAUAAGGUGCGUGUUCGCAAUCCCUCGCCAGCAACAAGGAGUCCACUUCACGACGGCGGCAACAGUUGCCGGUCGGGUGAGCAGUUGCCAAAGCCCUACAAUGUCAACAUCAGUGUCUAUGCCGAUAGUCGAUAACGGAUAAUCGAUGAAGUGAAUAUUUGCGACUGUUGCAACGUCAGCAUAACUGUCAUCUCUGUGUGUGUUUUUAGAGUGUGUACAGUACAGUUAUAUUGACCUUCUAACAGCCUUAAGUGUUCAAAUGAGCUUCAUUGGUCCGUGACUCAAUAUUGCUUUUGUUGUCUGAAGUCAGUUGCCAACUUCGUAUCCAAUUCUUUAGUACUCUUUUUUAAAAUAAUAAAUAUUUUCGGUAUCCGAA